AUGUGUCGUCAGAAGCUGACCAUCUCCUGGUUUGCCCUGGUGUUGCUGGCGUCUCCACUCAUGGCCAUAUGGGAACUUGAGAAAGAUGUUUAUGUUGUAGAGCUGGACUGGUACCCUGAUGCCCCUGGAGAAACAGUGGUCCUCACCUGUGACACUCCUGAGGAAGAGGGCAUCACCUGGACCUCAGACCAGAGCAGUGACGUCUUAGGCUCUGGCAAAACCCUGCCCAUCCACGUCAAAGAGUUUGUGGAUGCCGGCCGAUACAGCUGCCACAAAGGAGACAAGGUGCUGAGCCAUUCCACCCUGAUGCUUCACAAGAAGGAAGAUGGGAUUUGGUCCACUGAUAUUUUAAAGGACCAGAAAGAUCCCCAAAAUAAGACUUUCCUGAAAUGUGAGGCAGUGAAUUACUCCGGGCGAUUUACCUGCUGGUGGCUGACGGCAAUCAGCACAGACGUGAAGUUCAGUGUCAAGAACAGCAGUGGCUCCUCUGACUCCCGAGGAGUGACGUGUGGAGCAGCGUCUCUCUCAGCCGAGAAUGUCACAGUGGAGCACAAGGACUACAAGAAGUACUCGGUGGCAUGCCAAGAGGAGGUCACCUGCCCAGCCGCCGAGGAAAGCCUGCCCAUCGAGCUGGUGGUGGAAGCCAUGUACAAGCUCAAGUACGAGAAUUACACCCACAGCUUCUUCAUCAGGGACAUCAUCAAACCGGACCCGCCCAAGAACCUACAGGUGAAGCCUUUGAAGAACUCUCAGGUGGAGGUCAGCUGGGAAUACCCUGACACCUGGAGCACUCCACAUUCCUACUUCUCCCUGACGUUCUCUGUGCAGACCCAGCUUUCCUCUCCUUUGCAGAAAGGUGAGCUCCUCCCCACAGACAAGACCUCUGCCAAAGUCCUAUGCCGCCGAGACGCCAAGGUCCACGUGAAAGCUCGGGAUCGCUUCUAUAGCUCAUCUUGGAGCGAAUGGGCUUCUGCGUCCUGCAGUUAG